CUCGCGGUGAUUGAAGACGACCUUGAUAUCCUCGCCCUCUCAUCCCAAUCUACGGUCCGACGACGCUCCCGCUGUAUUCAACAACUCUUGCGCUCCCCGAUUCACAAUGACUGGUCGUGGUGGUGGCGGCGGUCGCCGCGUUCUCCUCUUGCCCAUUAACUUCAUCUUCAAGCUUCUUCAAUCACAUGCCACCGUCAGCGUCUGGCUCUAUGAGCAGCUCUCCAUUCGCAUCGAGGGCAAGAUUCGGGGCUUCGACGAGUUCAUGAACCUGGUUAUCGACGACGCCGUCGAGGUUAAGCAGAUCACCAAGACCAACGACAAGGAGACUCGGAGACCUCUGGGCCAGAUUCUGUUGAAGGGAGAUAACGUGUCAUUAAUCCAAAGCUUGACUGGUUGAUGGAUAGGGCAUCGAGUUAAGGGCGUGUGGAACCAACAUGUGAACUGCAGUCUGCUGGAGGGGAAAAUUAUACCAAGCCGCCUGGGCCAAAAUAUGAUGGCCAAUGAGGCACCUGUCAUGACACGGAAAGACAGCUUGCGAGUACGAGGUUCGUCAUACCGCAAUAGCUAGGGGCACGCGGAGAAACGAAAGACUUGACUUGGGCCAUAGCUUUGCUUUGCAUCUCCGCCGCAAGAGAUACUCGUGCACGAAUAAACCCACGUUUGCCUUGAG